AUGGCCACCAACUCGACAUCGACGACCUCCACCUCGACUGCCGCUUCGUCGAACAAAACCUGCAUCAACGUUUCGGUCGAAGGAGACGCAACGUAUUGCAUCCAGGGCCCCAUUUGCAGCGGCUCAGGCAGUUCUUCUGCCGGUUCCUGGUGCCCCCUGAAGGGCGCUGUUGCCGUGAAAGACUGCAACAGCAACAAACUGCCCAGCUGGACGAGCGCUGGCACGUGUGUGGCUCCGUCGGAUGCGGUUUGUGCGAAGAUCAAAACUGGCGCGUGGGGCUGCGUG